CUAACACUCACUCGACGCGGCGACAUGUUCACACAGGAAAUAAGGAAGUUGAUCGAUGAGUUUGUUAGAUAUGUUGUGUUUGCCGAUCGCAAGAAGCUGCCUUUGACGCGUGCAGACAUUGUGUCAAAAGUGUUGACCAACUACAAGGAUAAGAAGGUCAUCACGGCCGUGUUUGACUCGGGUCGACAGAGACUGAAAGACAUCUUUGGUCUGGAGCUGAUCGACGUGUUCAAGGAUGGCAAGAAGGCCGACACGUCCACAAUCUUUAUGAUCAAGAACAUGUUGCCGCUCGAGCUGAUGAACGAGAUUGCCAAGGUGGCCGCGGUCGAGAACAAAGAGACGCUGCUCAAUGCCCAACAAAAGGGAUUGCUAUCGAUCAUACUCGGCAUCAUACUUCUGGACAACCACAUGGUCGAGUCAGACAUGCUCAACGAGAAGCUGCUGCGUCUGGGCUUUGAGCCCGGCCGUCUGCAUCCCACGUUUGGCGAAUGGGAGAAGAACAUCGAUCGCUACGUCAAGGAGGGCUACCUGGUCAAGAAGAAGGCCAUCAAGGACACAUCGUCCAUAUUCGUGUACAGGUUCGGUCCGAGAUCGAUGGCAGAGUGCUCAAAGAGGUUGAUACUUCAGGUGAUCUCUGAUGUCUAUGGUGUGGAGGGACCGCUCGACCCAAUGCUGCUCAAGUCAAUCGAGCUGGAGGAGCAAGACGACGACGAAGAGGAGAAGGAAGAGGAGAUUGCUCCAUUGGUCACCACUCGAUCAACAUCAUCACAGGCGUCACAAAGGGUAGCUCCACCAGCUGCCUCACAAAAUAAUCUAUCUCAGUCGCGACCAAUGAAGCCUGCUCCACGU